AGCCAUUGAUAACCAGAAGAGCAACAUGGAACAGAUUAUACAGCAGUUGAGUAUGGAUGAGAAAAAUAAUGAAUGCCUGGAGUCUGACAACAAAAAGGAGAACAUCCUCUUGCACAUCCAUCUGGCCAUGGUUAGAGACAUGUGUCUAGAUGAAAAAGGAGAAUAUCCACAGAAGCUAGAGUCUGAAUGUGUGGCAGGUAUUACAGAAGACGAUACAGAAGACAGUACAGAAGACAGUACAGAAGACGAUACAGAAGACAGUACAGAAGACAGUACAGAAGACGAUACAGAAGACAGUACAGAAGACAGUACAGAAGACGAUACAGAAGACAGUACAGAAGAUAAUACAGAAGACACAUUUUCUGUGGAUGAAGUGUUGUCUAAGAGCAAAAACUAUUGCAUGACCUGGUGCACCUACACCAAGCAGUGUGAGACUACAUCAGUUUGCCAAUCUAUCAUUAAACAUUAUGAAAAGGAUCAGAUUCUGAUCCAGAGUUUAGGACACACCAUCGUCCAGCCUGAACAUUUCACCCCAAGACGUAGAAGAAAGGCUUGCAUGAAUAAUUACAAUUAUGAUAGCAUGACAAUAUACUACUACAAGUCAAAUAUAGAAGAUAUGCAUAAAGGUCAGCCUGUCAUAUUAAACUUCAGCGGUUCAAAUCGAUUUCUGAAAUGCAUGUACAAGGAUGAUAAAGCAGUUCUCACUGUUGAGAACUGGGAGCAAGAUAAACUGAAGUCAAUCUGUAAGAGUGACAAAACCACAUGGCCUUUCGUCUUCUUCCUCACGACUCAGAAGGACACACUUCGGCGCUUUGAGUCGGCCGCAUGCCGUGGUUGGUACAUCCACACAAGGUCUGGCUUAGCCUAUGCAUGUACUAGACUAGAGGAGAAAGUUGAAGAAAAUACCUUCAUAAUUUUCCCUUCAUCACAACUGUGAGGACUUUCACCCCAAUAGACCCUACUAUUUACAGUUCAUGUGAAGAGAUGUGGAUUAAAUUGCAAUGAAAUUCAGUUAUAAGAUAUUGAUCAUUGUAAAUCUAUCAUCAGCAGAGAGAGACUGGCACUAAGUUCAUCUCUAGAUUUCAUAGGAAUAUACUAGUAUACGAGGAAUAUACAGGGAUUAUCCUGGUAAUUGAGGGUUGGUUUUUUUUUGGUGUUGUUUCUGUUUAGUUUUUUUAGUCCAAAAAGACUAAGCAACUAAAUGACCUGGUUCCACCUGCAGUUUUCUGUUUCUUUAAAUGCUCAUCAUAUGAAUGUGCGAUGUUACUCUAAUUGUUACGUGUACGAUGUAACAAGCUUUGUUACGCAGCUAACCUUUGUUGAAAG